UCUGUCAACCGCGCUUGCGCAUCGCAGCAAAGAAAGUCAAUCACCACACGAUAACGCUCGACCUCGAAGUAAUCUCCUCGGCAAGGCCCGUUAUUCCGCAUGAUCUGCAUUUUGUUAUAACGCAGAUCGCUUGGGGUGGGUUGAGGCGAAGCACUCGAAGCAGCAAGAAGGAUUCAGAGCCGCUUCUACGUUCCCCCUGAUUCACGAGUCUGAUAUCCCAUCACAACCCGCGCCGCCAUGCAAUUAAAACACGCGCCCUCGCGGGUGCUCAUGGCCUCGCUGUUGGCGGCGCCGCAGCUUGCCUCCGCAUUCUACCUUCCCGGUGUCGCCCCCACAUCAUACAAGAAGGACGAGCUGGUACCGCUCUACGUCAACACGAUCAGGCCAGUCGCGGGGUCCGACGCCAUGCUGCACUCACUCGUCUCCUACGACUACUACUAUCCGUUAUUCCAGUUCUGCCGGCCCGAAGGCGGGCCACAAAGUGCCAGCGAGAGUUUGGGAAGCAUCCUGUUUGGGGAUCGGAUAAAAACAUCACCGUUCGAGCUCAAAAUGGCACAUAACGAGACGUGCAAGACGCUCUGCGAAGUCACAUACCAGAAGGGCCACGCCAUGUUUGUCAACCAACAGAUCAGGUCCGGCAUCAGUCUCAACUGGCUGGUAGACGGCCUACCAGCAGGGCAAAAGAUUAUUGACGAGAUUUCCGAGACGGAAUUCUACAACCCAGGUUUUCUCCUCGGUCAGCAGUUUCAAGAUAGUGACCAGGUGCAGUUCAACAACCACUACGACAUCAUUGUCGAGUACCAUGAAGUUGCCGGGAGCAAAGACCAAUACCGCGUCGUGGGCGUCAUUGUGCAGCCCGAGUCGAGGAAAUACACGGGUCCUGUUGGGCCUGACACAUGCAAUACCGCGCUGGAUCCUGUGAUCCUGAGCGAGACGGGCGACACCAAGGUGCAAUUCACCUACAGCGUCUACUGGAUUCCGUCCACGACAGCCUGGGCCACGCGGUGGGACAAGUAUCUCCACGUUUUCGACCCCAAGAUCCACUGGUUCUCUCUCGUGAACUCGGCCAUCAUCGUCAUCUUCCUUGUCAUGACCGUCAUGUCGAUUCUGGUCAGGACACUGAAGAAGGACAUUGCCCGGUACAACCGGCUCGACCAGAUCAAUCUCGACGACCUCUCGGGAACCUCAUCAGCCCUGGAAGACGGCGUGCAGGAGGAUUCGGGUUGGAAGCUGGUGCACGGCGACGUGUUCCGCACGCCUCCGAACCCGCUCCUCCUCUCCGUCUUCCUCGGCAACGGCGCCCAGCUUUUCGUAAUGACGGGCUUCACCAUCGCCUUCGCCCUCCUCGGCUUUCUCUCCCCCUCAUACCGAGGCUCAUUAGGCACCUUCAUGAUCCUCCUCUACACAGUCCUCGGCUUCGUCGGCGGUUACACGUCCGCGCGCUUCUACAAGUCACUACAUGGCGAGAAGUGGAAGCUCAACAUCAUCCUGACCCCGCUCCUGGUCCCGGGCAUCGUCUUCGCCACGUUCUUCCUGCUGGACCUCUUCCUUUGGGCGAAACAGUCCUCAGGCGCCGUGCCCUUCACCACCAUGCUGGUGAUCGUGCUCAUCUGGUUCGUCAUCAGCGUACCACUUUCCUUCGCGGGCUCCUGGCUGGGCUUCCGCGCGCCGGCGAUCGAGCCACCGGUCCGCACCAACCAGAUCCCGCGCCAGAUCCCGCCUGUCACCACGUACCUCCAGCCGAUCCCCAGCAUGCUGCUGGUGGGCUUGCUCCCGUUCGGCGCCAUCUUUGUCGAGCUCUACUUCAUCAUGAGCUCCAUCUGGUUCAGCAAGAUUUACUACAUGUUUGGCUUUUUGUUCCUGUGCUACGGCCUGAUGAUAUUGACGUGCGCCUCGGUCACGGUGCUGCUGGUGUAUUUCCUGCUGUGCGCAGAGAACUACAACUGGCAGUGGCGCGCCUUUUUGGCCGCUGGCACGAGCGCGGGGUAUAUCUUUUUGAAUGCCCUCAUUUACUGGAUCAGCAAGCUGUCGAUGAGCGGGUUCGCGGGGAGUGUGCUGUACAUUGGGUACAGCUUGCUGAUUUCUUUCUUGUUCUUUAUACUGACUGGGUCCAUCGGCUUCUUUGCAAGCUGGCUGUUCGUCCGGAAGAUUUAUUCGUCCAUCAAAAUCGAUUAGACGGAGGCUGGGGAAAAUUGGUUCGAUCGGAGGUUUGAAGCACUCUACACCUUGGUAGUGUAGUAUUUGAUUUUGGAGUCAUCUAGAUGAGUUCAUGUAUGACUAUGGGCGCGGGCACGGGGGGAUAGGGGGUCGUAUGUCAUGUAACAUCAAAACUGGCAGCGUUUGCCUUGGAAGCCGAAGCUUACCAGCCUAGAUUUGCUUUUCUUCUCGGCAGUACUGGGAUGCCGGAUAAGAAGUUGUAUCUAAUGAG